AGCUGCAGCCAGGACCUUGUGGAGCAACUGUUUACUUGGGGCAAGACUCCUGGCUGUGCCUAUGGGCCUCUGAGGAGGCGUUGUAAGUCCGCCCAGCUCCCCACUUGCUGUGUUCCCACUCAAUGGGAAGGGAAUCAAGGUACCAGGGCCAACACCAUUCCGGGGUGACCCCACUGUGUCCAGAUGUUGACACAGAGUCCGAAAGGGCAGGUUAAGCAAAACUUGUCCAGCCAUCGACCACAGACUCUCGACAGCACCAGGAUGGAAGUCAAAGCUACCCUGUUCGGAGAGGCUGCCCCCCAGGUGAAGUCAGAGCGUUUGCGGGGGCUGCUUGAUCGGCAACGAGUCUUGCAGGAGACCCUGAGCCUGAAACUUCAGGAGUUACGAAAAGUGUGUUUCCAGGAAGCGGAGCUAACUGGCCAACUGCCCCCAGAGUGCCCCCUGGAGCCUGGUGAACGACCCCAACUGGUCCGACGGCGGCCCCCUGCAGCCCGUACCUAUCCUCCAUCGCACCCCAACCCAGCACAUCACUCUCUCUGCUCUGCUGAAGAGCUGGCUCUUGAGGCCCUGGAGCGGGAGGUGUCAGUGCAACAGCAGAUUGCAGCAGCUGCCCGCCGCCUGGCCCUGGCCCCUGAGCUGAAUGCCGAGCAGUGCCGGCGCCGGCGCCAGGUCCAGGCAGAUGCAAUGCGGAGGCUGCACGAGCUAGAGGAGCAGCUCAGGGAUGUCCGGGCCUGCCUUGGCCUCCCAGUGCUCCCACCAUCUCAGCCACUGCCGCUGUCCACGGGGUCAGUUAUCACCGCCCAGGGAGUCUGCCUGGGCACACGCCUUGCUCAGCUCAGCCAAGAGGACGUAGUUCUACACUCAGAGAGCAGCUCCCUCUCAGAGUCUGGGGCCAGCCAUGAUAAUGAGGAGCCCCGUGGCUGUUUCCCUAUGGCUGAACGCCCCUCACCACCCAAGGCCUGGGACCAGCUGCGGGCCGUAUCUGGAGGCAGUCCUGAGCGACGAGCCCCAUGGAAACCUCCCCCAUCAGAUCUUUAUGGGGAUCUGAAGAGCCGACGGAACUCUGUGGCCAGUCCCACCAGCCCCACACGUUCACUGCCCAGGAGUGCCUCCAGUUUUGAGGGGCGAAGUGUGCCUGCCACCCCUGUCCUCACCCGGGGCGCUGGCCCCCAGCUCUGCAAACCCGAAGGCCUCCAUUCUCGACAGUGGUCAGGCAGCCAGGACUCCCAGAUGGGCUUUCCCAGGACAGACCCUGCCUCCGACCACACCUCCCUCUUCGCAGCUCGAACCCGCCGCAGUAACAGCUCUGAGGCCCUGCUUGUAGACCGGGCAGCUGGUGGGGGUGCUGGCUCCCCUCCAGCUCCACUACACCCCUCCGCUGCUGGUCCCCCGGUCUGUAAGAGCAGUGAGGUGCUAUAUGAGCACCCCCAACCAGCCCCUGCCUUCUCCUCUCGCACAGCUGGUCCCCCAGACCCUCCCCGGGCUGCGCGGCCCAGCUCGGCUGCCCCUGCCUCCCGAGGGGUCCCCAGGCACCCACCUGUAUGUGGGGACUUCCUCUUGGACUAUUCCCUGGAACGGGGCCUGCCCCGCAGUAAUGGUGGGACAAGUUGGGGGGAUCUGCUACCUCCUGCUGAGGUCCCAGGACCCCUCUCCCGCAGGGAUGGGCCCCUCACCAUGCUCCCAGGCUCACCACCUGUAUAUGCAGCUGACGGCAGUAGCCCCCUCCUCCGCAGCAAGGAUCCCCAUGCCCGUGCUACCCGCACCAAGCCCUGUGGCCUGCCCCCUGAGGCCUCUGAGGGUCUGGAGGUGCAUCCAACCCCUCUGUUGUGGAUGCCCCCACCCACCCGUAUCCCCCUGGCUGGUGAGCGCAGUGGCCACAAGAACCUUGCACUGGAGGGGCUGCGGGACUGGUACAUCCGGAACUCAGGACUGGCUGCGGGGCCCCAGCGCCGGCCUGUGCUCCCCCAUAUGGGCCCACCACACCAACCCUUCCUCCAUGCCCGCUGCUAUGAGGUGGGCCAGGUGCUGUGCGGGAACCCCAACCAGGCACCGCUCCCACACUCGAGGAGCUUCACAGCGCCCCCUGUCUCUAGCAGAUACUACGCGGACUUCCUGUACCCCCCGGAGCUGAGCACUCGUUUAAGUGACCUGACGUUAGAGGGGGAGCAGUCCUCCAGUUCUGACCCCCAGACCCCAGGGACACUGGUCUGACCUUCUGAUAGGCCCUUUGUUGUUCUGGGCAUGACUGCCAUCUGGGGAGCACACACCUGACCUCACUGAGCCCUGGGGUGUGGUGGUGGUCUCAGUCCUGGGCACCAUGCUGACCUUCCAAGGCCUCUGACUCCCUGUGGGCCUAGGAAGGUAUCUGACACCCUACUUCUCCUUUCACACUGUGCUGGGGGCUAGGGGACCUCAGUCAGCUUAAAAGAGGGAGAAUGAUGUAGUGGGGACUCCAAGCCCCUCCUCCGUUUCUGUUUACAGUUGUGAUUUA